AUGGCAAGGAGGCUGAAAGAGUUGAAGCAGAGAGAAUUUGCACGGAAUGUCUCCUCCAAGUCCUGGAAAGAUGAGAAAAAGCAGAAAAGAGCUCUGAAACAACUGCACCAACUCGCACAGCUUAAACAGCAAAGAGACAGUGAUGACAGGAAAGGUCCAAAGUUAAGGUCUACAAACAAGGAUAAGAAUCAAGUUAAAAUCCCCUCUGCUGGCAGUAGCAGGUUUGACACAAAACCAAUAGCAUUGUCAGUCCAAGACUCAACUGUCUCUUUGAAGGGCUUGUCCUCAACUCAUAUACCCACACAUCAGCAGCUAUGCCACAAAAAACACCCCUUACAGACUAAAUCCUCUGCAGGACACCGGAGCCCCAGGGCAGGGGUCUCAUUCUGUUUCUCCAGGCGAGCUCAACAGAAGCUUGACUCCUGUGCAUCUGUGUUUAGUGAUGGACUUGAAGAGACCAGUGACUAUCAAGAGCUCCAGCGCCACAGGCACAGACUCGCCCUAGAGGCCCUCUGGUCCUGCUCAAGCUCACCUAGAACCCCAAGUAAUGAUGACCAUGAUCUAUCCCAUGAUCCACCAACUCUGGAAUGGGUAGAUGGAGACUCUCAAACACAAAUAGAAGCACAAGCAGAACAUGUGGAAAGCUCUGAAAUUAAGGCACGCUACAGCACAAGUGAGCCAGAGAAGCUGGGGUGUCCUGAUACACACAGUCCUAGAGCAGACUGGAAGCUAGCUGGUUCAGAGGACGGAUUGCUUGAUGGGGGGCAGAGGCCCAGGGCAAAGUGGGCUUAUGGGGGAUCAGAGGAGAGAGAAUGCCUCAAGUGCCCCGGCCCUACUGUUUACACAGAUGGACAGGGCACCAUGGCUGAAGGCCAACUCCAAAUACACAAAGGCUCAAACCACCAUACACAGAAAAGCAGCAAACAUGGUAUUAUGCAGAAUGGGAAGGACUGUAUAUCAGAAAAAGAGACAGAGGAGUAUAAAAUACACAAAGUGUGCAAGAAUGAAAAUACAGGUUCUUUCCUUAAUGUACUGAGCAAGGAUGGAAGUGUGAUGAAGUGGCCUUCUGAGCUGGUGCAGUACACUUCCGGCAAGCCACAGGUAUCUUACAGCUGUAACCCUCUAUACCACUAUUUCAAACAGAAGGAAGGCAAAGUCAAAAGCACAAAGGCUGAGGAGUCAGAUCACUGUGUUGUCGACAAGCUCACAGGCCAGAACGACAGAGCUGAGCCACAAACACAGGAUGUUCCAGGAGAUAAAUUAGGUAUUUUAAAACCAAAGAGACCCAAACACAGGAGAAAGGGGAAAAAACGUAGGUGUAAAUUAGAUGCUGUCAGGAUCCAGCAAGCGGGCUGUGCAUUCAAAACCUGCUCGCAGACAGAAGCUGGAGGACACUUUGAAUUCCAAAGCACUCCAACCAACACGUCACAAAACAAGCAAGCGUGCACUGAGAGGAGGCACAAGUUGGGAAAGAGAAAAAGAUCAGUGAGAGAUGAGACUUCAAAUGAAAGUGACACCCCAGAGCACAGCCUCAAAAGCAUUGUUGUAAGCUCGCUUUCUGCCCCAGCACGUAAAAAAAGGAAGAAAUGUCAAACGAUGAGGGGGUUUGUAUCGGCGCUGCGCUUGGUAAGGCGAAGGUCUUUGCCAUAUUCUGUUCACAAUACGACAGGAAGAGAGGAUAAUUAUCGCUGGUAUGACGACACCUAUGAUUCAAAGAGGGAUGCUGCCUCAACUCCCACCAGUGACAAAUCUGGGUCAUGGAGUGGCCUGUUAGACUUAAACUCAGAUGGGGAAUGGCCUGUGUACCACAUGGGGAGAUGUUCCACCUCACCAAGAUCAAACUAUCUGUACCCUUUGAGAAAAGAGCACAGUCAGUCCAGGUCUUACAUUAGAAGUUCCUCUUACAAUGAUCCUCACUACAGUUACAGUCCAUGCAAAGAUUUUGAACAUACAGGAGAAAGAUGGGACUACAAAGACCCUUACAUCUACAAUAAGCGAAAAUAUUCAACAGUUUGUAACAGCCCAGAUCAACAUGAGAGGUACAGCAUCAGAAGGCACAAAAGGUUCAUUGAGGAGCAUAAAUACAGAGAGCACAGAUUUCAGCAUACAGGUAGGCAGUUAUUUUAUAGAGUCUAUGACAGUCCUGAACCUCAAGAAGAUGUCAGGGACUGGUGUACUUCAGAACACUUACAACACACAGAUGGGCAAAAUCCCAGUCCAUCCCAAGCUUGUCUUGAAGUUGCCAAGGAUGAUACAUCAACAGAAACCUGUGCUGCUUCAGCUCUGAAUCCAGACAAGACUUUGUCACAAAAGCUCAACAUCAGAAACCAAGGGGACAAUGCCGAAAUUGCAGGGAUUCACUGUUCAAAACGCACCACCCCUCCCCUUUCAGAGCAACCAUUCACCUUCACUGAUGAUGAGAUUGAGAAGUACAGAUGGCUUCAACUCCAGGCCCAGCAGCACAUGCAGCAGCAGCACCUUCAAGAGCAAGCAUCUGUGGACAUGACCCAUUUACCGAUACCAACUCCAGAGUCACCCGACCAGACCACACUUUCAGCCUGUCUGCCAUACAGCAUACUCCAGCCCUCUUCUACACCCUCUUCUAUUGCUUCUCACCCUUCCCCUUUUGCCCUGCUCACUCCCCUUCAUCCCUCUCUCUCUCAGCCCAGUUUUGCCCCUCCGAUUCCUGCUGCCUUUUUCCCAGCGCCGCUUGCUACUGUGUUGGCAGCUCAACCCUUCCACCUGAUCCCAGCCUCAUCCCUCCACCCAGCACACCCUCACCAUCAUGUUCCUGGGUUAACUCUCCACCCCCUGCCUCCUGUUUCUCUGCUCCCCACGAUGCUCAGUCCAAUGCCCAUGGCUGCCGCCGCUGCCGCUGCUGUUGCUGCUGCCAGAACUCUGCAGAUCCACCCCCUACUACAUCCUCUCUUCCACAGCAAAGACCUUCAACGCCACCCUGGACCAACCAGCUAG